AUGAAACAGCGAUUAAAUAAAUCAUCUAUUUUAGAAGAACUAGAAAUUAACAAAAAGGAAUAAUAAUAAGAAGAAAACAAGAAAAUUCUAUUAAUAAAAGAAAGGAUAAGGAGAGAAUAGAUUGCAAUAUAAAAUAAAGAUAAUGAAUUAAGAUAAAUAUAAGAAUAACUUCAUAAACAAAUACUGUCAUCUAAAAAGCAUCUAAGCCAACCAAUUAACUUUAGCUCAAUCUUAUUACAUUAAUAAUAAUAUGAUGGUAAUAAAAUUGUAAAAGAAAUGGAAAGAUAAAAUAAGAAAAAGUCUCUUCCAUUAGUAGAGUUUUAAAAAUCUAAUACAUACAUUAAAUUACUUCAUGAGUAAUAAGAAGAAUAAUUAAGGUUGAUUGCUAAAAGAUAAUAAAUAAAAGCUAGAAAAUAUGUUUAAUCAAAAUAUUCAGAAAUUGUCAAAGAGAUUUAUUCAAGACCAAUUAUUAAAACAUUUCAUGAAGAUCCUUCUGAUACACUUAUUUUAAAAUCAAAACCAACUUCUUUACAUGAAUAAUCUAAUAAAGCAAGUUCUGAUGGCAGUCAAUUAUAAUAGAUUGAUAAAUAUUUAAUAAAAAAAUUAGAAAAAAUAUUAUAGGUAGAAGAAAAACCAGAAGAAAAAUAACAGCCAGAAAUCAAAAUAAAAGUUAGACAUCAAUAAGUUUAAAAAUUAUCACCUAUUUAAGAACCUAAAUGUAAAAAAAAAGAUUAAGGAGAAGGUAUCCAUAUUCAUAAAAAGAUUUAAGAAGUAUAACCAAGUUAAUGGGUAAUAAAAUUACAAUAUUUAGAGAAAUAUAUUUGAUGAUAAUUUUGUUUCUUCAUAGGAUAGAGUUUAGAAAACUUUAGAUUAAAUAAAACUGUUAAGUAGUGAAGCAAUAAAGUUAGAAGAUGAAACAAAUACAAAAAUAAAUGUUGAAAAAGAAGAGAAAUUAAAUAAUUUGCUUAUUAAUCAGAUAUAAGCUAGACUGGCAUUAUUAGAUAAUUUUAAUUGA